GAGGCAGAGGACACUGCCCGAUGCACAGCGAGACAUGAUGAGAAAUCUUACAUGGCAGAACAGAAGCUCCGUGUCAGAAUUUAUCCUGCUGGGAUUCUCCAGCCAGCCCGGGAUGCAGCUGCUGCUCUUUGCGGUCUUCCUGGCCAUCUACCUAGCCAACCUCUUUGGAAACAGCCUAAUUUUUGUCCUUAUCAGGAUUGACUCUCAUCUCCACAUGCCCAUGUACUUUUUCCUGGCCAACCUCUCUUUCCUGGACAUCAGUUACACCACCACCACUGUGCCACAGAUGCUGCUCCACCUCCUCUCCAAAAAGAAGAACAUCUCUUACAUCGGCUGCAUCACCCAGAUGUACAUCUUCCUCUCCCUGGGGAUAACUGAGUGCAUCCUUUAUGCUGUGAUGGCCUAUGACCGGUACGUGGCCAUUUGCCACCCGCUGCACUACACCCUCAUCAUGAGCAGGUCGAUCUGUGUCAAGAUGGCUGCCAGCUCUUGGGUGGGUGGUUUCUUCUUUGCCAUGGUGCACACCGGCGUUGCCAUGAGGCUGCCCUACUGUGGCCCAAACGAGAUCAACCACUUCUUCUGUGAGGUGCCAGCCAUUUUGAAGCUGGCUUUUGCAGACACACGGGUCACCGAGACAAUGCUCAAUGGAAACCAAAGCUCCUUGAGCGAAUUCAUCCUGCUAGGGGUAUCUGACCGGCCACAGUUGGAGCUGAUGCUCUUUGUGCUCAUUUUAAUCUCCUACACCAUGACCUUGCUUGGAAACACCACCAUCAUUGUGGUCUCAUGGCUCGACCCCCAUCUCCACACACCCAUGUAUUUCUUCCUCAGCAACCUCUCUUUCCUGGACCUCUGCUACACCACCAGCGUUGGCCCCCAGAUGCUGCUGAAUUUCCAAAGCACUCACAAAUCCAUAUCUUGGGCUGGCUGCGUGGCCCAGCUCUACAUCUCCCUCUCACUGGGAAGCACUGAGUGCCUCCUGCUGGCCAUCAUGGCCUAUGACCGCUAUGCCGCCAUCUGCCAGCCACUGCACUACAUGGCCAUCAUGAGCCACCGCUUCUGCCUGCAGCUGGCAGCCACAGCCUGGUUGUGCGGCUUCGGCAACUCCAUCCUGCAGACCAUCCUGAUCCUGAGGCUGCCCCGGUGUGAGCGGAACCAAAUCGAUAACCUUUUCUGCGAGGUGCCGGCACUGCUCAAACUGGCAUGUGUCGACACCUCUGCCACUGAGGCCGAAAUCCUCGCAGGCGUGGUGUUUUUCCUGUUGGUUCCACUGGGCUUCAUCCUGAUUUCCUACAGCUACAUCGGUGCUGCCGUGCUGAAGAUUCGCUCAGCGAAAGGCAGGCUCAAGGCUUUCAACACCUGUACCUCCCACCUAGCCGUAGUAUCGCUCUUUUAUGGCACGGCCAUUUCCAUAUAUCUACAGCCGCCAUCCAGCUACUCCCGGCACCGGGAAAAGAUAGUAUCCCUCUUCUACACCAUGGUGACCCCCAUGCUCAACCCCCUCAUCUACACGCUGAGGAACAAGGAGGUUCACAGGGCGCUACAGAGGGCACUGAGGAGAAACAUGACUGUCCAGGGGGUCUGA